AUGAGAAAAUACUAUUGCCUGUUAGAUCGAGCUGUUGGUAAUAGCAAUAAAAAUUAUGACAGAAAUGAUGGUGACAACAAAGCUGAUUACGACCUACCAAUAGUACGAUAUGAAAAACCACUGCAAAAAAACGCAAAACAUGUGAUUGACGUUAUGAAACGUUUGCAUUUCAUGACAACUGUUGAAAUGCACAGAGAAUUAAAGAAAGCACAUAUUGAUUCUAGUGGGAAUACAACUCAGUUAUACAAAAGGCUGAAGAAAUACUUCAGAAAAGAGCUUGCAAUUAUUAGAAGCAAUCAAUCAUUAGCAAACAAAACUCAUUUACUUUAUAAGUAUUUGGUGGUUGUAGAUUUUGAAUGCACUUGCGAUAGUGAGAGCAAUAAUUAUGACCACGAAAUUAUUGAAUUCCCAGCAGUUCUCAUCGAUGUGCGGAAAAAAAGCAUCGUAAAUACCUCAGUUUCAAUACUAAACGAAGUAGAUAUUUUUCAUUCAUAUGUACGACCAGUUCAUAAUCCUCAACUUACUGAAUUUUGUUCCAAGUUAACGGGUAUCACUCAAGAAAUGGUUGACAGUGCACUACCAUUUGUUGACGUUCUUGACUCAUUCAGAACAUGGAUGCAAAUGUAUUGUUUAGGAGAAAGAGAAGCAUAUUUUGCUUUUGUUACAGAUGGUCCAUGGGAUAUUGCCAAAUUCCUUCAAAUGCAGUGUAUUCAGAGUCAGUUAGAUCCUGUUCCUCAUGAAUUUCGUGCAUACAUAAAUAUACGGAAAUCAUUUGCGAAUAAAUAUUGUAGAGGUCGUUCCAUACCAAAAAUUAAUCUGACCGGAAUGCUAACAGCUCUCAACAUGACAUUUGAAGGUCGAGAACACUGUGGACUCGAUGAUUCUAAAAAUAUCGCAAGGAUCGUAAUAAAGAUGAUUAUGGACCGGAGUGAAAUAAGAAUCAAUGAAAAACUUGUCCGAGUGAAGGAGAACGAAAAAGAAACAAUGUUACCACUAGAGAUGAGUAGAGAAGAUCGAGAUCGACUGGCUUGGAAAGACAACCUCCCAUAUAGGGUGCAUCAAAUAAGCCGAGAGUCUUUCAUCAGCGAUGAAUAUUUAGACUGUGAUACAUGCGAUGAGAAUCAGUAA